AUGCCGGAGGACGUCGAGAUGAAUGACUCCGCCCAGCCCGCCCCCGUCGCCGCUCCUGCGGCCGCCGACGCGCCCGCGCCCGCGCCCGCUCUCUCCACCCUGCAGCAUCUGAAGGAGAUCGCGUCCGUGGUCGAGGCGGGGUCGCUGACCAAGGAGGUCCGCCGGAUCUCCCGCGCCGUCCGCCUCACCGUCGCCCUGCGCCGCCGCCUCGCCGCCCCCGACGUCGCGGCCUUCCUCGCCUUCGCGCUGCCCGCUUCCUCCGAGGCCUUCACCCGCCUCUCCCCUCUCCUCCCCAAGGAAGAUGGAAGUGAGAUGGAUGUUGACGCUGCAGCUCCAGCUGCUCAAGUUUCAAUCAAGCAUGGACUCCCAGAGAUUGAAAUAUACUGCUACCUGCUUGUGUUGAUUUUCCUUAUUGAUCACAAGAAAUAUGAUGAGGCUAAAGCAUGUGCAAACUCUAGCAUUGCUCGUUUGAAGAAUCUCAACAGGAGGACUGUUGAUGUUUUGGCUUCUAGGCUGUAUUCGUAUUACUCGUAUGUCCAUGAACUCACCAACAGCCUUGCUGAAAUUCGUGGAACUCUCCUUGGGUUGCACAGGAUGGCAACUCUUCACCAUGAUGAGCUUGGGCAGGAAACUCUUCUUAACCUGCUUCUUCGCAAUUACCUGCACUACAACCUAUAUGAUCAGGCAGAAAAACUUAGGUCAAAGGCACCGCGUUUUGAAGCACAUUCCAAUCAGCAGUUCUGCCGCUAUCUGUUCUACUUGGGAAAAAUUAGAACAAUUCAGCUCGAAUACACUGAUGCUAAAGAGAGCCUCUUGCAAGCAGCACGGAAAGCACCCACUGCAGCUCGUGGAUUCCGCAUCCAAUGCAACAAAUGGGCUAUACUAGUAAGGCUACUUUUAGGGGAGAUACCAGAGAGAACUGUUUUCAUGCAGAAAGGAAUGAAGGCGGCUUUGACACCAUAUUUUGAGCUUACAAAUGCUGUUCGAGUUGGGGACUUAGAAGUGUUUAGAGCUGUUGCAGAGAAAUUUGGGAGCAUUUUCAGUGCCGACAGGACAUCCAAUUUGAUUGUGAGGCUGCGCCACAACGUCAUCCGGACUGGACUGCGCAACAUUAGCAUUUCCUACUCACGUAUCUCCCUUGCUGACAUUGCCAAGAAACUGAGGCUAGAUACUAAGACUGCUGUUGCUGAUGCUGAGAGCAUUGUAGCCAAGGCCAUCAGAGAUGGGGCAAUUGAUGCCACCAUCGAUCAUGCCAAUGGUUGGGUGGUGUCGAAAGAGACUGGCGACGUGUACUCAACAAACGAGCCACAGGCUGCGUUCAACUCCAGGAUUGCGUUCUGCCUGAACAUGCACAACGAGGCAGUCAAGGCUCUGAGGUUCCCCCCGAAUUCUCACAAGGAAAAGGAGAGUGCAGAGAAGAGGCGUGAGAGACUCCAGCAGGAGGAAGAACUUGCAAAACACAUGGCCGAGGAGGACGAUGAUGACUUCUAG